GCCAUCUCAAUUAUUUUGGCUGCGGCUGGGAAUCCAAUCACGGCACGCGAGGGCAGCCAUCACUCGCUUCUCCAGCGUCGGCGCUCGUUGGCUCCCAGCGAAUCAAGGUGAACGGGCAGCGCCCACGCCUACGACACUGCAUAGACCACUUCCAAAGCAGCCCACGCCAGCACUUGCGCCAGACGCGAGACCGCACUACCAGAGACGAUGCGCAACAACCUCACGCGCAGCCUCAGCGGCCAGAGCAACCCCACGCCGCGCUCGACCCGCAAUAGCAUUGAUGGCGACGGCGGCGGCCAGCUCCGCGUGAGGAUCGUGAAGGGCCGCGGAUUAGCUGGAGAGCCCUGCAUCACGACGUAUUACGGCGAGACCGAGGUCGCGCAGACGUCGGAAUGGAACGUUACAGUAAUAGCGACGACGGCGGGGCCGCCGAGCCACAAGCCCCAUAAAAAAAUAACGCUCGAGCUGCGCGAGAAGAUGAAUACGUUACGAGACCUCAAGGACGUGUUCGAGGGCCACGGCGCCGCGCUGGGGACGGUUGUGGUGGAUGUCGGGUCGUUGGGUGGCCUCGACGAGAAGUUACGAAUAAGCAGACAAUGGUACGAGGUCCGGCCACCGCGACGCACCCCAAGACACGGUUCCAAUUACGGCGAGAUCGAAAUUGAAAUCGACUACCAGCCCCCCAAGAAGCUGCAGAGCUUCGGCAAAGGGCUGUUCUUGGACGCCGAUGCAAGAUCUUUGAAUUUAUUGGGUGCGCUCUUCGACCGCUGCGACACGAGUCAAAAUGGCGAGUUAGAUAGGGAUGAGUUUAGACGCUUAUAUGCGAAGCUGCGAGAUCUCGACGCGGUCUAUUCAACAGAUAACACAAUGACGCCGAACCACGCCGCGCAGCUGUUCUUUCGGGACGCCGACCUCGACGGCGACGAGCACGUGACGUUCGACGAGGUGCGGGCCGCCGCGAAACGGGCGGCUCUUCGCAAACUACCUAGUCGCGUAGAUGUCGUCGUCCAUUCGUGUCGGGGCCUGGCUCAUGCUUCUUCGGUGAAAAAGAGUACGUGGUGCUGUACCACAGACGCUUUGGAGGAACACACGUUCUGCACCGUGUCGGUUGAUGGAGAGCCCUUUUCUCGUAGUCGGUUGAGAUCCUAUACGCACUCACCCCGAUUCGAACAUUUAACCAGUAUAGAGGACGGGAGUCAUCACGGCGAGGUCGUCUCUGUCGAGUUGUGGCAUCGCCGGAAGGGCAAGGCCCCCACACCUCUCGGAAGAUGUGAUGUCGAUGUCCUAGCGGAGCAGCUAAGAGCGGAACCCAUAUCAGGUGCCCAGUACCAAUCAAGUAGCGCGUGGCACCGCGUCGCGCCGACCGACGGCUUUGGCGACGUCCAGGGUCAAAUCAUGAUUGAGAUUAGGUUUUAUCCGCCAAAGGACACGCCUCGGGUGCGCGGCGGCCACCACGCUUCAUUAAUGUCUCCUACAACUUUGAAAAGGCAUGAAGAGCAGGGUAGGCGGCAAUUUGACAAGUUCUGGCCGUCGUACCGCGGGCCGUGCGCCGUGUCCUUCGAGCGGGAUAGUGGCGAAGGUGUUGGGGAAUUAUUAGAUGACGCGGUGGGCGGUCAAGUCGGCGCGUUGGCUUAUGCUUGUAGCUGCUUGGGUAUUCACUGGUCCGAGACUCUCGCCAAUACAGUGAAUGCAGGUGUACCUACAAGACCGGGGACCCAUGUCGGACCCCAGAAGAAGCGUUCGACCCAAAGAUGGCUCGUGUUGGGCCCCCACGCGGACCGACCCGGGGCUUCUAGGGAUGCUUAUUUAAGGUAUAGUGUGAGGAGCUGGAAGGGCGCCGACGCCUGCCACGCCGCACCGGACGAGCCCUCGGAAUCGUUUUCCAUCCACUGGCAGGACUCGUUCGUUUGUGGGGAUAGGGCCGACAGCGAAGGUAUCCUAGAAAUUGAAUCGAAGAAGAACGGGAGUGUAGAGCUCAAAUUUGCGACACGUCGAGAGUUGUAUGCCUGGUGGAAGCGGCUCCAACGGAUUCAAGAGAGAACCAUGAAGCUGGGGCUACCGGCGGACCCCCGCGCGCAGAAAUUUUUACCAAGACACUGUAGAAGCAGUGAAAGGACGGGUUCGUUAGACGCCGUCGCCGAGUCAGUCAGUGACGCGGCGGAGACGGCGGCGGCGCACAACGACCCGGACUCGUGGGUCGUCGUGCAGCACUCCGCGAAGCGCAUUCUAGAAAGAUUAACAAGGCCUCCUCGCGUCGAUACAGCUUCGUUAGGUCCUCGAGUCUUCGCCUAUCGCGUGCGCGACGCCAUCGGGCAGCUCGGCGAGAUUUUAACCUAUGAGCGGGACGACGUCAUGCUAGAAACGCAGCGCGAAGGGCGGAAGGUGUCGGUCUCGUGUUGGCGCCACGUCGAGCAGUGGCAUCCUGGUCAUGGAACUACGAAGAUGGGCGAGCACGACGUCGUCGUGUACUGCUCGUCCACGCGCUCGUCGGGACGAUCCGACGCGAUUUCUUCGGGAGCGCUUACGAUAUGCUGUGAAUUGAGAUGUGCCUUGGUAGCCGUCGACUUUCUAGGGUCCGGUGGGUCCCAGGACGCCGGCGCGUCGUUCGGGUACUGGGAGCGCUAUGAUCUGUUGGCUGCCGUGAGGUACGCCAAACGUCAGUUCCCGUCAGCAAAAAUCGUAUUGUGGGGCGGCGCGCCGACGGGUGCCGUAGCGUGUGCCUUAUAUGGUUCUGUGAGGUUAGAAGUCGCUCUCAAGGGCAUGGUCUUGGACGGCUGCACGACGCAACUAAAGACGCACGUCUCCGACCUAGCGUCGCUAGCGAUCAAGCCUACUUCUGCUUUAAGGAGGAAAUUAGUGGAUGACGUCGUAGCGUUGGUCGAUGAAAGGUUCCGGAAGAGAACAGGCGUCGGCCUCAAAGCCGUGGCCCCGCAGACGGCGAUAACGAACCACGCCUUUUCCGGUACUCAUUGUCUACUGAUCGGUGAGAAAGACGGCGACGUCGGCACCGCGCGCGACGCGGACAUUUUGCACUCUGAAUUAGACAGAGCCCAUCCUGAGGAUGAGCACCACUUGCUGUUGGUCGGUGGCCGGACGGCGCGGCAACGGCACAAGAAGCGCCACGUGCCCCAGGCGUUGGAGGCCGUGGCUGCCUUUAUUGGGAGAAGGUUCGACGUGUCCAAAGGGUUCCGGUACUUCACGGUGAACUCGCCGAAGGGCAUUCGAGAUCAUCUAUUACAUAGUGUGCCCCCGUGGGACCACUCGGAUGCGGACGACGCGGAUCUCCGGGCGACGCACGAAGCAUUAUCAAGAGAGGAGUCGAUUCUACCUUCUGAACCGUCGUUCCGGGCGCCUCUGCAGCCUUCGGAGUCGAACGAGGAGUACAAGGAGUACCACGGCGACGAUGAUCCGGGGCCCGGUCGUACUCGAAUAGUGAAGGCGAUUUCCUUCCACGAGUAGUGACGUCCUUCUUGAGCCUUUUCGCUUGCACACUAUAAGCUCUGUUUCUUCUCUUCCAAGAAUGCUAAGUAGUACAC